CUUUUCUGGUACCUUGUUGAUCCUUCUCGGGAUUCAAUGCACUUCAUCUGAUUAUACACCGACAUCUCGACGCACUGGAGAUCCGCACUACCCGCUCGUCAGUUGAGACAAAUCCAGAGACUUUCAUUCCAAAACCAUGGAGCACGUCAGCUCAUACCUCCCACCUUUUCAAGGUCUCCUACCCAAAUGGCUCCUCCUCGUCGCAGUAACAUCAAUCGGAAACUCAAUCCAGUCCUACUCGACCCUGAAAUUCACCAAACGAGUCUACUCCGGUGUUUCUCCCACGCCCACGAAUCCAACCGCUUCACCCGUCACACCGCUUUCAGCGCGCACUUUUGGCACCUGGACGUUUAUAACAAGCCUUGUGCGACUGUAUGCUGCGUAUCAUAUCACUGAGCCUGCGAUAUAUGAGCUGGCGUUGUGGAGCUUCGUGGUUGCCUUCGGGCACUUUGCGAGCGAGUGGUUGGUGUAUGGGACGACGAGGUGGGGUGCCGGGCUGGCGGGGCCGGUGUGUGUCAGUGUGGGGAGUAUGGUGUGGAUGGUGAGUGUUUGGGGCGACUAUGUCAAGUGAGAUGGUAGGCUUGGGCUACUAUGUAUGUAUGCACGGAAGGCUUUCGUGGACUGGAGAUGCGAAAUAAAUAGGUUCGUUAUAUGUAUCAGUGCAUAAUAACGGUGUCACGACAAAUCUAUCAGAAGGGAAAUGCUGGUCAGCCCACGAUGGACCACGAGUACACACGCCAUUGCUUGAAAGUCACUGGUGACAAUACAU